AGUCGUUCAGUCGGUUUCUUAUCCACUCACUGAGAGCUCCCUAGCGCAGUGAAGAUGUGGUCACUCUCAGUGUCUGUGGCGUUCGUUGUACUGUUGGCUUCCCAGCAGGCAACUCUGGCCCAGGAACAUGUCACAGUGAAAACCGACGUCGGAACGCUGAAAGGAUAUCGUGUACGUUCCAUGGAAGGCAAAGACAUCAACGUCUUCAUCGGGGUUCCGUUCGCGAAGCCACCUCUGGGAGACCUCCGGUUCAAACGUCCUGAACCUCUGGAGCCAUCCGACAAGGAAAUCGACGCCCUGGAGAAAAAACCGAUGUGCCCCCAAACCCCAAUGAAACUUCCCGGUAUCGUACUCGAGAACACCUUCAACGAUGAGGACUGCCUCUACAUGAAUAUCUUCGCCUCUGCCGAGUCUACCGAAAAACUCAAACCGGUCAUGGUUUAUCUGUACGGAGGCUUCUUUCAAUGGGGAGAUAACAAUCUCGGUCUCUACGACGGGGUCGAGUUCGCCGCGGAGACUGAAUCCGUUCUCGCGAUCCCCUCGUACAGAGUCAACAUGUUUGGCUUCAUGAAUUCCACCACCGAGACCGCACCAGGAAACGCGGGACUCUUCGAUCAGCUCAUGGCCAUGAAGUUCGUCAAGAGAAACGCCAAGGCUUUCGGGGGCGAUCCGGACCUGAUAACCCUCGCGGGCCAAAGUGCGGGAGCGAUUUCCACCUCGGUUCACACCUCGUCACCGGCGAGUAAAGGGCUCUUCCGACGAGCGAUGAUGCUGAGCGGUGCCGCGAGCACCUUGGCGUUUUUCAGUGAGGCUAACGGUCAGACGCUGCUCUUCACGAUCUCUAAUUUCCUCGAUUGUUUCGAUGGGAAUCUCACGAUAGGCGAGCAGUACGAUCAGAUGGCUAAGUGUCUCAAGACACUCGACAAGGAGACCCUGCUCGGACAGAUGAAAAAAUUGAGUGGAGCCGAUUCCCUGGCUUUCGGGCCCGGAUUCGACGGCGAAAUCAUCGCGGGAAGCCUCAAACGACCCUCGGAACUUCAGUACAACGUCGAGGAUAUCAUGUUGGGAUCAACGGCCGCCGACGGCGAACUCAUCGUCAAACAAGUCAUGGGUCUAGACGCAAGUAUCGAGGAUCUCGCCAGGAAUUCCGGUGCAGACAUCGCGCUGCGUUUGGCUCUUCGACACCUGUUCGGGAUAAAUAAUAAAGACGCCUACAGUAUUUACCACCAAUACGUCACCGACGACGAGCACAACGCCGGCUACGAUGCCGUCUUCCAAAAAGCGCCACGUCUCGUCACGGAUGUAUCAUUCGACUGCCCCAUCAAGUUUUACAUGAACUCCGUCGAGAAAAAAAAUGGCAAAAAAACGCGCAUAUAUCGCUACGCGCUCGAUGGGCCACGUGCUAAAGCGUUCAGUAAUUCCAUGGGCGACGGCCCCGCAACUCAUACCGAUGAUGUGAUGUUCUUCCUCGGCAUCGCAUUGAACAAGGCGAUGGAAAGACCCUGGAAUCCGACGAACCCAGAGGCUCUGCAACAGACCCUCGAUGGGUACACUGAUGUAGAUCGACAGUUUGCGAAGCAGCUGCUCGCGUCAAUCAGAGAUUUCAUGGUCGAAGGAAAACCCUCCGUCCCCGGACAAUCGACCGCCUGGCCGUUGUACUCCGAGGCGAACCCUACAGUCGUGCAUCUGGCUCCUGGCGCGGUCAGAGCGGUGAACACAGAUGUCACCGAUAAAUGUCACUUGUGGGCUCCGUACCUUCUUUCUGGGGAUGCGAACGACGUAUACGACGCGCCAACAACGACAACGACCACCGCGAAACCUUACUUCCGCCAGGCGAAAAUCCUCGAGAAGAACGGCAGGAGGAACUCCAAGUCGAGACAGUCGCCGGCAUUCAACUCCUCCGCUGGAUUUACUGCGUCUAGCGUUUUAUUGAUUGUGUGCUGUGCGGUAUCCAGGAUGAUCACCGCCGGGCGCUGAACCAAUCUAGGUGGCAUUUGUUUCCACGAAUCGAGUCAUACAUCAUAACAUCACUCGCUAAACCUGGGUGAUGUGCCGCGCAGCUCAAUUUGCAUCUUUGCAAAAUCAUCAAUUUUGCGCUCAAGGGGCCAUCCCCCACCCGAGAAGAUUUAUUUUACAGCGAAAGGAGUGAUAUUCCUCGGAGAUGGCUCGCCCAUGCGUGACAGACGAUGAAGACGACUGUGAUUUAGAAAUCUUCGGGAUCAUGAAGCAUCUGUGUAUAGACCAUUAAUUGCCAUAUUAUGAUCAUGAUGAUUUUCAUUCUUUAUCAUCAAUUUCGAUUUGCUCGGUGAGAAUAAACUUAUCUCUUUCCGAACGACGUUU